GGUACAAAUUAUCGUGAUAAAAAACUUGAUUGGUACCUUCCGUAUCUUUCCGAGAUGUGUGCAAAAGCGGCAAAUAGUAUAGAAAAUUUGUUUUCUCUGGCCACUCGGCAGCAUUGUAUGUGGAAAUUCAAAAGAUAUCCCGUGACCAGCUUGAGCAAGCUGCCUUCUGAAAACGAGGCUGCCUUGGUGCCUCUGUGCAGAGUGGACGGGAUACCAUCACUACUUUACACCGUGAGAUCACAACAUUUAUGGUACACUAAAGGCGAAAUCUCAUUUCCCGGGGGAAAAAACAUUCAAGACGAGACGAUAAUAGAAACCGCUUGUAGACUUACAGAGAACGACAUAGGUUUGAAACCAGAGAAAUUGGAUAUUUGGGGUCACGGGCCGUCCUUCCCGGGGCGGGACAAUAAGAUAUUAGUCACUCCCGUCAUUGCUUCCGUCGAAGAAUUGGCUGAUUCGGAUUUGAACGUGGACAGCAAAAAAGUCGCAGAAGUGUUCACAGUGGCUAUAGAAGUGCUUUGUGAUCCCAACAACCAGUUCUCUGGCAAAAGUAAUGGCUUCCUCCUGCCGGUGUUUGCCGCAGAUAAAUACAUUAUCAAGGGCCUAACAGCCUACAUAACACAUGUAUUUUUAAAUUGUGCGUUAUCCAAAGAUAUUUAUAACAAUGACAUAACGAAGCGAAAGAAAAUUAUGAUCACAUCUUGAAUGUAGGUACAUUUCUGGUAACAUGUCUCCACUUCCAUUACUUGUGGAUGAAUGACCCACCCGAUAUAUUAUUUUGAUAACUUUUUACGAUGUACUUUUACGAUGGUUACAAAUUAAACUGUUACUUUUAUUUUAGAAAAAUGUUUAUUAAAGUACAAAACUAAUGUAAGGUUAUUUUAUAAAAUUUACAAAAAUUAUAUAUUAGUUAAUCAAAGCUAAGCAAGGCACACGUAAUUUUACACAAAUUAGCACUUAUUACUUAGACAACGCUCGCAAGAAGCAUUUAAGAAUAAAUUCACGUAACUAGGUAUAAAAAGUUUUACUAGAGCGUUGGUAUAUUGGACUUAUUUGGCACCACAAAUUAAAAGAAUAAAAAUCAGAAUUAAAAAUAUAUAAUUGUAUUCAGUAGGUACCUAUUUUACACAUAUUUUUACGAGAAGCACAUAAAAAUCAAGAAGUCAUUAAGACAUCAAAAAUCUAAAAAAUAAACAGAAAUUCUAUAAAGCAAAACCAAGGAAACAAAAGGUGAAAAAAAUAAAACACAAACAAAAAAAUAAUAUUUAUCCAGCUUUAUUCCUUAACAUUUACAUUAUAAUCUAGUAUGUCUAGUAUUAAUAUUUUAUACAUUGUCCAUCUGACAUGUUGGUUGUGUCUCGCCCUUGUCUGUGUGUGUGUGUCUGUGUAUAACUAUGUUUGUCAUUAUUGCUUGCUAUCUUGCUAUCAAAAUAUAUUGGCAAAACCUGAGAAAUAAAAAAAAAUGUCUACUAAAUAAAUAGGUGGUCCAACUUAAAGCAUCGCUUUCUAACAUUCUACUCAAGGGGUCACAAACAUAAAUUAGAAAUUACAUAACACGGACAUUGUAAGAAAAUAGUUUCUAUAACAGAAAAUAAGUAAGUACUUAUGUAUAACAAUAUAACUUUGACAGGUAACAUUGGGGCAGGCAAGAGCUGUCACAAAUGUUGCAAUAAUGGUAUUAAAAUAACUUCGCUAAUCCAAAAUUAAUGUAGAAUAAAAAAUAAAAGGCAGAGGUUCGAAAAAAAUGGCGGUGAAGUUUUCCGU